UCAGCGGUCGGCACAAAGAGUUUGGUGCGAGAGAUGGGAGCCGAGUCCGGCGAUAACAGCAGAGAAACAAUGAUUGCGGACGACUCUGGAUCUAACGGCAGAUAUAACGGACCGAAGAAUUUCUCAUACGAAGAAAACGAUGAAAGGUUUAGACGACCCCGGGGCCAAACGUACAACACAGCAUCGAGAAUCCCAGUGAAGUCGACAGGACAAGGUGCAAAGUAUGGUAGUGGACCGUAUAACCAAUAUAAUAGCCGAGAAGGAAACUUUCAACAUGAACGCGGAGGACCUUACAGCCAUAGACCAUUUGACAAGGAUAGUUUCUAUCGCCGUGAAAUGCAAGAGGGGAAAACGAAUCAUUUAACAGGAAGAUUUUUUCGGGAGGCAAAAAUGCCGGCAAAGCAAACAUGGAUGCCGCAUAGUCGAAAUAUUCGGCAUAUCAACACAAGCACAAAAUAACAUUAUUUUCACUGUAUGGUGAACGUUAUUCCAUAUCGGAAUUACAAUGGGAUUUUGGGAGUGGUGAGGAAUUUGCCUCUACUUUAUAAUAAAG